CAAGACGUUGCUUAAAGUUUUAAGUGUCAAGCAAAAAAAAGGAUUUAGUCAAUUACAAUGGCGGAACUGCAAAAAUUAGCCGAUGCCAUAGUGCUCGAAUAUCUCAAAACCAAGGAUAAAAAUAUGUCUAAAGUAUUCGAAGCUAAAACCAAAGCGGCCCCCGUUGGAAAGAAUACACCGAAAUUGACAGAGAUCUUGGCCUUUUAUCAGAGCACAAAAAAAAUACCGCCAUUGAAGAAAGCUGGCACAGAUAGUGACGACAGUGAUUCCAGCGAUUCAGAUGAGGGAGCGGCACCGAAAACAAACGGCGGAACGAAUGGAAAGACAGCAGUGCCAGCUAAACCAGCUGCCGGCUCAAGCAGUGAUGAUAGCGACUCCAAGGAUGAGCAGCCAGCGAAAAAGUCGUCACCUGCUAAGCCAGCAGGGCCAGUAAAGAAAGCAGCUGCUGCUGCAUCCUCAAGCAGCGAAGAGGAGAGCUCGGAUGACGAACAGCCGCCGGCGAAGAAGGCAGCUCCAGCUGCUGCUGCAAAGCAGGCGACAAAACCCGCAUAUACCAGCGAUAGCAGUGAGUCGGAGGAGGAGAAGCCAAAGCAGAAGAAACCGGCAGCAGCUGCUGCUGCGGCGAAGGCACCAGCUCAAAAAGCAGCUGCAUCCUCUUCCAGCGAAGAAUCCUCCGAUGAUGAGCCACCUAAAAAAACUACUACGGCCGCUAAGCCAGCACCUAAGGCUGUUGCCAAGAAGGCAGCCGAGUCCAGUAGCGAGGAGGACAGUGAUGAUGAAGUGCCGGCAGCAAAGAAGGCUCCAGCAGCAGCAACUGCGAAACCUGCAGCUAAAGCUGCCGCAUCCAGCAGCAGUAGCGAAGACUCGGAGGAGGAGAAAAAGAAACCAGUAGCUGCUGCUGCCAAGGUAGCGCCUGCAAAAAAGGCAGCCUCCUCUAGCAGCGAGGAUUCUUCCGAUGAGGAGGAAGCCCCCAAAAAGGCAACACCGAUUAAAGCCGCCGCACCGGCCAAGAAAGCCGCAAAGUCCAGUUCGGACUCCUCCUCGGACGAUGAUGAUGAACCGCCCAAGAAAGCAGCUGUCAAGGCCGUAGCGCCAGCCAAGAAACCAGCGGCGAAGGCUGACUCUGAAGACUCGUCCUCAGACAGUGAUAGCUCGGAGGAUGAGAAACCUGCAGUGAAGCCGGCUGUCAAGAAAAACGCAGCUACUGCUGCCAAAAAGGAGGAAUCCUCAUCAUCUGAUGAUUCUUCCGAAGACGAGAAGCCGGCCAAGCCAGCAGCAGCCAGCAAGGCAGCUGCUAAGAAGGAUGACAGCUCCUCUUCGGACAGCGGAGAAGAAUCCGGAGAGGUGAAGGCCCCACCCAAGCCAGUGGAAAAUGGAAAGAAACGCAAGUUCAGCGGUGCCGAUGUGGAGGAGGAAACGCCAAACAAAAAAUACAACAAUUUUGUCAAGUCGGGCGAGCAGCAGCGAAACAGUUUCACAUCCACGCCCAACAACAAUAGUAUAAAUAAUGCCAACAACAAAAGUGGUGGUGGAAGUGGUCGUCGAAGAUCGCCUUUCCGGCGUGUCCGCACCGAGGAGGUGCUCAUCGAUUCACGCGUCCAGGACAUGUCCUUCGAGGCGAAGGAUGGUUUCAAGAAGUUUAACAAUGGACCACGUGGACGCGGACGAGGCGGCGGCUCUGGCUUUGCCGGCCGUCCUGAUCGUAGCACUUGGGAGACUAACAAUGAAAACGGCGAGGAUGGCGGCGAUGGUGGCUUCAAGAAGAGCUUUGGCGAUCGCCAGAGCUUUGGCGGCUUCGAGCGCAAGUCCUUUGAUGGACAGCAGCGUGGUGGACGUGGCGGCGGCCGAGGGGGUGGUUUCGGUCGUGGCGGCGGCGGCGAUCGUGGUGGACGCGGUGGAUUUAGCCGUGGUCGUGGCGGUGGCGGCGGCGAUCGUGGCGGUCGCGGUGGAUUUGGACGAGGCGGCGGCGGCGGUGGUGGUCGUGGUGGUGGUGGGCGUGGUGGGGGCUUUGGCAAUAAAUCUUUUGAUUCGGCGCCAAAGCAAAAUAAGAAAAUUACCUUUGACAAUUGAUAUGUAAACUAGCUUGGACAUAGACAUAGACAUCAAUCAUAGACACUACGCAAAAGCAGAACGAUAAAAUGCAAUCCCAAAUGAAAUAAUCACCAUAAUGCGGAUAGUUUUAAUUCCCAUUAUUAUCGUGUGUAAUUAUUUAAUUUGGUGUUUUAUAUUACAACGCCUCCGAACAGACAGACACAAACACACUCGCACGCAAGUUAAAUAUAAUACAUAUUUGUUGUAUACAUAAUAAUAUUAACUAACUUUUAUAUACGAUAUAUAAAACAAAAAAAUAUAGAAAAACGCUGCCGGCUCCUGGGGAGAGCGCGCCAGUCUUGAUUUGAAACACACGCGCGGCAAAUCCUUCAAGCACGAGAAGACCAAAAAGAAGCGCGGCAGCUAUCGGGGCGGUCAAAUUGACACUGGCGUCAAUUCAAUAAAAUUUGACUAGAUUUAUGUUAGCACAUAACAUAUAUGCGUACAUAUUUUAAUACAUAAACUUAAAUAUUUAGUUUGUAAACAUGCCAAUCACCCACAUACACGUGUAAGGCAGACCUUGGACCAUCAAUUUCGAUGGCCAAGUAUCGAUGUAAUGUUUAUUGUGACUACUUAUGAACUGUUGUUCAGCAGCCAGCAUAUUGUAUACAUAACUUCACCCUAAGAUCUGGAGAAUAAAACGUGUACAUUUCAUGUUGUAAGCUCAAUUUGAA